GGGAGUAAUUGUCAGAAUCGACAGAACCCUUGUGCCUUGCCUCCUGAUAGUGGUACCUGUGAUGAAUUAGUACCUCGAUAUUAUUAUGAUAAACAUAAUCAACAUUGUUUACCAUUUAAUUUUACAGGUUGUGGUGGAAAUGCUAACAAUUUUAGAUCAGAAGAAGAAUGUCAUGGUAUUACUAUGAAAGAGUCUAUACUCUCACCAUGUGCUUGUCAAGCUGAUCCUAGUUCAAGCUGUUCAUGUAAUAACAGAGAAACAAGAUGGAGAUAUAAUUAUAAACAACAAACUUGUGAAGAAUUUAUCUAUUCUGGUUGUCAAGGAAACUCAAAUAAUUUCCUAUCAGUUGAAGCCUGUCAGAAUAGAUGUGUUAUUGGUGCAUGUUGUUAUAGAGAACCUAUGUUUAAAAAGAAAGUCAUUGGUUACAGUUUACAAGGCUUUGAUAAGUAA